AUGGCCGAGGUGGCGCUGAACGUCUCCAUCGGCGCCGAGAUCCACGAUGGCUUCAAGACAGUCAACCAAUGGUGCGCCAACAACGUCUCCUGGCUCGACGAUGUCCAGGCCUUCUACCGCGAGCGCAGCGCCAUUGAGAAGGAGUACUCGCAGAAGCUGUCGGCGCUGGCGAAAAAGUACUUUGAGAAGAAGAGCAAGCGGAGCAGCGAAUUGUCGGUCGGCAACACCCCCACGGUCACCCCGGGCUCGCUGGAAAGUGCUAGCAUGACCACAUGGUCGCUGCAGCUCACGACACUCGAGAAGCGAGCGGAGGAACACGAUCAGUUCGCCAGUUCCCUCCUGACCUCCCUUGCCGAACCGCUCCGCAGCCUGGCCAUGCGCUCCGAAGAUGUGCGGAAGCAGCACGCCGACUAUGCGGCCAAGCUGGAAAAGGAGCGGGACUCGAGCUAUGCGGACUUGAAGAAGACCAAGGGCAAAUACGACAGCAUUUGCCAGGAGGUGGAGAAUCGUCGGAAGAAGGCGGAGGGUUCCUUUGAUAAGACCAAGGCUCAGACGCACUAUCAACAGCAGUUGGCGGAGAUGAGGAAUGCCAAGAACACAUAUUUGAUCUCGAUCAACGUGACGAACAAGCAAAAGGAGCGAUAUUAUAACGAAUACAUUCCGGAGGUCCUCGACUCUCUACAGGCGCUCUCAGAAUCCCGCACUUCCUCUCUUAACGCCAUCUGGCUUGAGGCUUGUAAAGUCGAAACGCAAACUCUCAACAACAACACCCAGCUCAUCUCCCACCUUGCCUCCGAAAUUCCCCGGAAUAAUCCCGUCCUCGACAGCAUGAUGUUUGCCCGGCAUAACGCCCCACCACAAUGGGUAGACCCAGGAGACUUCGUCUUUGAACCGUCGCCGGUCUGGCUCGACGAUAACAGUAUGGCCAUCGAUGCCGCCAGCAAGACCUUCCUCAUGAACAUCUUGACCAAAUCCAAGAGCUCAUUGACCGAGUUCAAGCGCGAGAGUGAGAUGAGCAGAAAGGAAGUCGACGGCGCAGACCGAGUGCGGCAGGCUAUCCGAGACGGUAGGGAUCAACGUGACGAAGUGGAAGCCAUCCGCGCCCAAUUCCGGCACCGCGAGGUUCUUCACGAGGCAGAACGGAAGAAAACUACGGCGGAAAUGGAGGUAUUCACCAUCACCGCUGUCGUGGGCGACAUCAGCAGGGGAGCGCAAAGCCAUACCUUCCACAAUCAGACCUUCAAAAUCCCCACCAAUUGUGAUUUGUGUGGCGACCGGAUAUGGGGGCUGAGCGCCAAAGGGCUCAGUUGCGAACUUUGCGGGUUCACGUGCCACAAUAAAUGUGAGCUGAAGGUCGCCGCUGACUGUCCUGGAGAGCUGGGCAAGGAGGACAGGAAGAAGAUCAAAGCCGAACGACAAGCCGCGGCGGCUGCUAGGCUGGAGGCGCCGCCGGUGGAGGAAGUGAGGGCGGUGAAUGGCAGCACCGGCGGUACUGGCCUCGCUACCCACCCGGGUCUACAAAGAAGCGACACGCUCGGAUCCAUGAACACCUUGAGUUCAGGGUACGCCGCAUCCGCCCAGCGAAGCGUGUCUGGAGCAACGGCACGAUCGACCGGCGGCGAAGACAGCAGCGCAGCUCCCCCUCCCGCACCCGGCGGUCGAAGGAAAAUCGCCGCCCCACCCCCAAGCCAAUACGCCUCUCCCGCCGCCAUCCCGGACGCCGAAGAACCACUUCAACACGGCAAGAUGCUCUACGCCUACACGGCCACGGGCGAGGGCGAAAUCUCCAUCGCCGAAGGCCAAGACUUCACCCUCGCGGAGCCCGACGACGGCAGCGGCUGGAUCAAAAUCAAGCCCUCCACUUUCGGCACCCCGUCGGGACUCGUGCCCGCUUCGUACGCCGAGCUCGGCGCGCCGCCUCAAACUUCCCUGCGAGCGCUCCCCGCGCGCGAGCGCCCCAUCUCCACCGCUUCCACGUCGACGACGAGUCUCACCGGCUCGGACGGCGGCGUGCUCCCGAAAACGAAGAAGCAGGGCCCUGCGGUUGCGCCGAGGCGCGGCGCGAAGAAGGUCAAGCAUGUGGAGGCGCUGUAUGCCUAUUCUGCUGCGGGGCCCGGCGAGACGGAUAUGGAGGCGGGGGAGAAGAUGGUGCUCGUGCAGCCGGAUCAGGGGGAUGGGUGGUGUGAGGUUGAGAGUUCGAGUGGGCGCGGCGUGGUCCCUGCUGGGUGGGUGAAGGAGUUGUGA